ACAUCUUGAUUUUUUUGAAGAAAAGAAAGUGUUGUUCUUUCUCUUGCAUUAUUCUUAAACGACCAGUCGUCAGGUACAGUGUUGUCUGAAAAAUGAUCUCCAGCUCCUGUCAAUCUUCUUUAACAAGCAACAUGACAUCCGUAUUGGGGCUUGUGAUCCUUUGCCUCGUCUUUUGGGUUGAUUCAUCGACUAUUGAAAAUAGGGACUUUUCCGGUCCACUCUGGUAUCCUUCGAGUUUAUUCAGGUUCACUAGACCAUCGACAAGCAGCCGCUCAAUAAAUCGCCCAGCUCCACUGUUAUACGGAUCAUCGACCAAUGCCAUUCAGCGGCCGUUCAAUCCCUUCAGUCGUAUUGAUGUCCACAAUAAAACUGACGUUUUGAUUCCAAUUGUCGUAACAACAACUCCAGCAACGACAACGUCAACAACUCCAGCAACAACAACGACAACAUUAACCCCAACAAACCUGAAGUCUGUCAAAUUUUGUAACCCAAAUGCACCACCUCCGUGUGUCAACAAACGGUUUGGUUUCUGCAUAAACGACGAAGAGUAUCCCGACGACGACAUUAAAUUGGCUACAGAGUUCUCCGAAUUGGCAGACAAAUUCAGCUCCAAAUCGAUUGGCGAUGACGAACCGAUUGGUUCACUAGCCAACACAGUUAACAAUACCGGUUGCGUGACCACCAGUCUGAUUGUUAAACCAUUACGAGCACAAAAUAUCGACGGGGACUGGAGAAUUAUCGUCCAAGAUGCCAGGAACAUCUUUCAAUGGACAUUAAUGGCCGUAUGUGGCAAUCCCGACGCCAGUUGUCAUAAUCCCGAACGAAUCACUCCCGUCUUUUGUUUUAACGGCAAAUGCAAACAAUUGUUUGCCGUUCGACGACUUCUAGCCUUCGAUCCGUGUAAUCCUAAUCGUCAAGUAUUUGUCGAUUCGUUUAAAUUGCCAACUGAAUGCAGUUGCCGCCUUUCUCGAAUGUCUUGCUUCUAUAAAUAUGAUGUUUGAUGUAGUUCUCAUCGAUUGCUCAAUUGUACCGCACCAUGUGUGGCAGCGGUGUUUGUAAAAAGAAAAAUGCUAUUAUUUCAUUUUAAAUAAUAAAAGUCUUUGUAACA